AUGGCAGAAUCCACUUUCAAUGCCUUUAUAAUGAAUGCUAAACUGGAUUUAGAAAAGUUACUCAAUGGGUUGGGCUUAGAAUAUGAGACUUUAACAAUGUUGAAAUUAUUCCAGGUACUAAUAAAAGGCUAUCCAAAUAAUCUUUUAGAGUCCACUUUCGCCAGAGAGAGCAGACAUAGAAGAACUAUGUUAGAGUUAUUAUUUCAAAAACAUGCUGAAUAUCAUGGUUUGUGUUUUGAAUUGCAUCCAAAAUAUAUUUAUAAAAUUCUUAAAGAAGAAAAAUCAAGCCCAAAACUAUAUGACAAGAUUUUAUUCAUUCUUUUUUUGAAAGGAUUUCAGUCAUACCUUUAUUACAUUGAUGGUCAACCACAAGAAGGAUUUAUUUCUUGCCGGUGGUACCUUCAAAUGAUUUCCUACUUGAGAAAGCUGAAACUAAACAAGCUAGAUAUUAUUUUAUCAGAGACGGAAAGGUGGUUCAGCAUAUUAUGUGCCAAAUGUCUAAUAUAUGCAGCUAGAAUGGUUGGUCCAAAAUGGUUUACAUAUGAGAGUCUUAGUAGUACCUUGGAUGAAGCUGGAAUAUUACAAGGGUUACUAUACAAUAUUUUAACCUGUACAGAAGCAUCACAAAUGAGGUAUGAAAAUAACUUUGAUAGAAAUCUUAUCUCUCAAUUUUUUGAAUCAAUUGGUGACAUCGAAGAAGGAAUAGCAAUCUUUAAUGGCAAAUUAUCUAUCUAUACAGAGAUCGAUGAUGAUAAUGAGGAGAAAAACUCUGCUUGCAAUUUUGGAACAAAACCUGAUAAGAAUGCUAUUGAAGAAAUGAUAAAUAAGUAUGUAAUCGCUAUAACGUUCAAAAUCGAGGGAGAUCCCUCGAUUCUAAGGUGUUUGGAAAAAAUUAUACAGGGCCUAUUACUUUAUGGGGGGAUUCAUAUGGAGGCUCUUAUUUUCUUUCUGAGCUUGAAAGAAUUUUAUUGUAAAAGGGUGGGAAAUGAGGAAAAUGCUGAUGCCAAAGAAAGCUGCUACUAUGGUUACGACUUUUUUGAGGAGUGUUCCAGUCUGGUUAGGACAAUUAUCGAAGAUUGGCAAACUUUACAGGUACAGUACAACAUUGCAACAAUUCACUUACCACAAAUACUUCUGAAAAGUGUAAACGGAACACUAAUUCUUGUUGAUGAAUUAAAAGAUCAGAUUAAUACCCAAAAUAGCUGCAAUGCAAAAUUACUAAAGAAAUGGAAAGCUAAAAGUAAUUGGCAUCAUGGAUUCCCCAAAAAUAUUACACAAUUGAGAGAUAGGUGUGAUGAUGAUGAAUGUGAGCUCGGGGCUUAUUGGAUAAAUCUAUGGAAAAGUUGUACAAUUGAGCAUAAUGGCGAAAUAUGCUCUGAAUUACUAGAGAACCUGCAAAAAUUUGAGUCGACUUUGCUGCAAUGUCGGAGAGAAAAAGAGGAUGUGAGAAGAGACGAUAUUAAUCAUAUAUAA